AUGGGGCUGGAAGAGUCAUUGGUUUCGUGGUCGUCUGAAAAGAGUUCUUUCGAAGAGUUACUAUCUAUAGAAGGCUCACCAGCUUCUUCUGUCAUAGAUGAUGAGGAGGCCUUGGAAAAAUUCGUAGUUAGCCGAUCCCUGUUGUUAUCAAGCUGCACUCAUCUUUGUCGGCUAGACACAGAUGAAUGUCUCGUUUCGUUCCUAUAUUCCGCGGCCUACGAACACCCGAUGCUGGGGCAAGUUGUUCAGCAUGUAGAUGAAGCAUGCCUAAAAACGUGCAUUCAGUGUCGCUGCCGAUAUGCAACUGUCAAAAACUCACUCCGGAAAGCGCUUUCGUCCAUCUUCGACCCAGAAUGCGUCGUUGAUCUCAUGGAUGUAAUUACCGAGAGAGACAUGCACAGACUAUUCUCUCAGCCCCCGGGACCGACUUGGCUACUGGAUUUCUUACUCACUUCGCCAUCCUCAUUCAAAUCCAAAGACGACGGCACCUUCGCUGAUGGCUCCAGCACCCCGGAUGCGCUUAUCGCCAGGGCACUCGCUGCUGACUCGCGCUGCGUUUUGGAUGCGGUUGCUCUCAAUGCGGACCUGGUUCUCCGGCAUUUAAUUGCGCAUUUAUCGCAGGCGCACACGCGUGUGGUAGCUCAGCGAGUACUCGAAGAAUUAGUUAACGAAGCUCCUACCACCGGCUGGUUGGGAAAUGUAGAUGGCGACAACCUCACUGCCAUCCUAGCGUCGUCUAUAGACGCAGCGACGACGACCUCAGAAACAAUUUCCGCCAUUGGCUCGCUCUUCCAGCAUAAAAUCUUGACCCCGGAUACACCAAUUGGUGCCCUUUUCGCAACCAAUCUCAUCCAUCUCAUUAGCGUCUGGCUACAACAGGAGCAAUUGAGCAUAAUCUCCAACGGAGUCAGCACUACUGACAGCGCAACAAAUUCUACUCACAGCCUCCGGACACCGGCGCAGUCUAGCCCAGAUUGCCCGCCCAACGCGAUUGCCCCAGCAGAGCAAGUGAAGUCGGACCAGGCGCAGGUGAAGUCGGACCAAACGCAAAUGAAUCUACCGCAAAUGGAUCCGGCACAGAUGGGCUCGGUACAAAUGGCGCAGGUGAAGACGGACGAGAAUGUGAUGUUCAAGACGGACAGGAUGUUGGAGGUCAAGACAGAACCUUUAUUCGAGAAUAUACAGCAGGCUAGUGGUGGACCGAGUAGUGGUGGACCGAGUAUUGGUGGACCGAGUCAUGGCUACCGGGUGCCGCUGGUGGGUACUCCAGACCCUGUGAAGACGGGUAUGAAGUGCGGAUCGAUACAUAAAUACAGCAUUGCCAGCAACUUUCUGCGACAUACAGCUGGCAGUGCGGGUUAUUGGGAUGUCUUGAUGAAAGACUUGGAUUGCUCACGUGCGGCAGUACAUUGUCACAAGAUAUUCGUGGCUGUAUUCAGUGCGAUUUUGGGGUGGUCGGUAGGUUCAUCGUCAGGUCAGAGUCAUAUGCCGGAGUUGAAGAAAUUGAGCUUGGUUGACAACUUUCAGAACGCGGAGUUGAAUUCUUGUUUGAGUUUGGCACUUGAAGACUUUACAUGCUGUAUGAGCGCUUUUGCGGAUGGGGCAGUUCGAAGUCCGGCUUUGCUGGUUUGUUUCCCGUGCCACCAGGCGUUAUUGGAGGUGUUGUUGGAGAUCCAGACGCGGUUGUCUGUGAGCAGCACCAAGGUAGGUGUACUGGCGAAAGUAGAGCAUAUGUUGGUCUGUGACCAAAGCUUGGUCUCGAGUAGUGGUUACGUUGAGAACCCGCUCGCCAUCUCACCCAAAACGCUCAUGACGCAAUCACAGAUGGCACUGGCAACACUACUUCGAUCAGAAAGCGUGCUUGACGGACGUUCCAGCCAGCAUUGUACCGCCUUUGAAAGACUGCUCCAGGAGUCACAGUCGCAGGCUGUGGCCGCGCUCAAAAACGUUUGGGAAUGCGCAAUCAUGUUCAAUCGUGCCAAGGGCUCCGUAUACCCCAUGCAACCCGAGCAGCGCGCACGUGUGCUUGAUGCGAUGCGUGACGUGUUGGCUUGGGCCCUUGCGCAGUCCAGUGAGGAUCUCGCUGUCUGGACCUUCCUCCUCUCAGCCACUGUCAGCAUCAAGGCAGGCCUCGCCGCAAAACCGCCCGAAGGAGUCGCCAGUUUAAUCGGACCCAUCUGCGGGACGAAGAGCAGCAAGUACGCAGUCGAGCUCCCGAUUCCGCCGCCGCCGCAGACCCAGGCACUGGCGCCCGACGCCUCAGUCGCGACUGAGUUUUGUCGAAGUGCACACACGCGUGCGCAGAGCAUGGUGGACGGGACAGCGUUCAAAGUGUGGGGCGAGGUGGUGUGUGAUGUGGUGCCACACGUGUUGAAGGCAUCGCACGACAAUGAGGCGUACGCUGAGGCGCAAAGCGUGGAUGUGUUUCUUCUGCUAUGUGAGUUUACAGGUUACGUAAGUUGCCACCGGAGUUUAUGUCACGCAUUGGAGAAGUUGCUACCCGGAGGCGAGUUGCUUACCGUACCACAGCAGCAGCAGACGCAGGCAUUGUUGUCUUUGCAGCUUCGUGUAGAACAUCUACUGGACGUUAUCUAUGGUGGUCUAGUGUUUGUGUGCCGUAGCUUGGCUGAGCGGUUGCAUCUGUGGGCGACGGCCUGUAUGUCCCAGCGUGUGCCGCCUCCUACGUUACCGGUGACGACGGUCUCCUUUUACAUGUUGGCGGUGUCGUUGCAGCAGUUGAAGAACCGGCCGGCGUUUUCAUGGGAUGUGAAUGCUCAAAAGGUGGUGUCUACACACUUUGCACGAGGCGUGUUAAACAGUGAUCAAUUCUCAAGUUGUUUGAGACAGGUGCUCGCCCUUUCACUUACCAUUGCGGUUUCUCUUGUACCCGACCCGGUGAAACAAGAACUGGGGUUUCUUCUCACACUUCUUACACAAGGUGCAGUCAAUGGCGGUCGUGUGACACUCCGAUGCAAAAACGACGCACGCAACCUAGUACCGCCCGUCGGUAUGCCCACGGACCACGAACUGCUACAGGGUAUCGCCAGCUGCAACGAUUCUUUGGUCGAUAACCUUAUUACCGCCGCAGAACAAAGAACCAACUUCAGUCGCGCCAUGCUCAGCCACUUCGGCCUCGCACCCCCGGGGUCCUGUUUGUCGCAGAGCAGUGGAGUUCCGAGUGGCGGAGCGAAUCUCACGCACUUUGAGUUCCUCUGUUGCCAGGUCGCCAACUGCAAACGUUUCUGGUGGUUUAGCAGAGGCAUGUUAAACUCACUGGAACUUCAUAUCGAUGAGAAAGUGGCCCAACACCUGAUCAAACACGAAGCUGGCGUCUAUGCACCCGAAUCCGCGUGGCUCUCGGAAGUGGAGCGUGUGCUGUGGGAGAUAUUGAUUCAAGGACUCAAAACGGGUCCCAUAGUGUAUAAAUCCCUUCAAGACAACUCUACACUGCGUAAUGCCCUGGACACAUACGACGUGUACUUGGUCUUCUUCGGCUUUAUCGAGGCUUUUCUCAAACACACCUCCAAACAGGCUACUACUGUUCUAGAAAAAACCGCCGGAGCAGGGGUCGGAGUCUCGGUCGCCGGAGCAGGGGUCGGAGUGAGUGGUACGGAGUUGUUGGGUUGCACAUUGGUGCACCUCAACGUCUGUUUACAACAGAGUGGCUGGAUGGACAUGUUCCUGCGUUGGUGUAAGGCGGGCCAGCUGGUGUGCCAGACGUCGGGUGGGUCGCAGAAGUGGACAGAUUGUGAAUUGGGAUUGAAGAUCAGGGAGUCGGCGGUAUUUUUGUACCAGCUGAUAAAGAGCCUGAAGUCACUGCAUAUCGAUGAAGCGCGUUCUCUGGCGCUAAGCAAAGAAAUUCUGGGUGUGAUUCAGGGUCACUUAGUGAACCAGAUUCCGAAGAGUACGGCGAGCGUGAACGAUAACGCGCCCAUCGGCGGCGGUCGUAAUCGCGGUCUUGGGUCGUUGGGAGGUCGUGACCGUGACCGAGGCUCUGGACAGGGGUCCGCCGGUCCUGGGUCCGCCGGUCCUGGGUCCGCCGGUUCUGGGUCGUCAAGUCGCCUGGGUAAUAAGGGGAUGGGUGGUCGGCCAGGUGUGGAGACGUUUGCACCUGCCACAGCGUUGGCGGGGAAACGACGGUUGGAAGGAAAGGAUGUGGCGAGAGAAAUGCUUCAACAAUGGAAGGCGCAGGAUAUGGUGACGGGAGGUGCGGCGCAGACGGCGGUUCGAGGUGACGCGGCGAUGUUAGCGAAGCAGCCGGUGUGGAAGCGGAACAUUGUGACGGGUGGCGAGACGGCAGCGCCGGGGAAGACGUUGUUAGUGGGUCCGGGAGGGCGUGCAUUGGCCGAGAAGGUGGAGAAGGUAGAUGAGGGUCCUCGUCUACGCAAGUUAACGGAUAUGGACAAGAAGAGGUUGGUCGCGGAGGCGACGCAGGGAUUGCAGAAGGUGUUAGUUGACAUACUGGAGUGGGACUUUUUCAACUUGGAGAAUUACCAAGUACCCGAACUCCUGAGUCUACCAGAUGACAAACUACCCAACACAUUCGCCACCUCGGAAGCUUUCAAGAACUAUUUCAAACCCCUCGUCGUCGAAGAGUGCCGCUGCUCCAUGCUACAGGAACGCAUCGAACGCAAACUCGAAUCCUUUCCUGUCGUUAUCACUUCCGCCACACUCUCUGCCGGCUGGAUGCUCGUUGGCGCCAAGAGUGGCCGCCCACGAGCACCCCGAGACGGUGGCCAGAUCAACUGGCGACCCAACGACCCUCCAGAACAACAGGUGCAAAACGCGGCUUCACAUGAACUCGAAAUGCUGCCCUUCCGCAAACACGAUGUCCUAUUCCUUGUGCCUUGCAAUGAUCUGAAACAAGCCUACUCACCCUACGAAGGUCGAGCUCUGCAAGACCUACCCGGGCCGCCCCAGGAGGGAUACUUUAUCGGGGUCGUGGAAAAACCAGAAGUUACGGACCCCAAAAAAACCAACGACGAUCUCGUCAGCUGCCAUCUACGUCUUCCUCGUAAUCAACUUGCACAACCGCACCGUAUUCCCGCUACUAACGUUCACAUCGGCAGCGCUUGGAUCGCAUACUCCAUCGCAUCCCUCACAACCAGCGUCCGCGAGUUCCAGUCUCUAUUCACCUCCUCAUUCUCGCCCAUCUUCGAGUACAUGCUCGACCCCUACAAGUUUCUCAAACACUCCCGCGAUCGAGAAAAACACGAGGCCAGAAACAACCAGGGAAACGGACCUAACCAGGGAAACGGACCUAACCACGGUAACGGACCUAACCACGGUAACGGACCUAACCACGGUAACGGACCUGGUGGACCCGGUGGGCACAAGCGGAAUAGCCUGGAGGCGGCUGCGCAGCGUAUUAAGAACAAGCCCUGUCCUGCCUUCGUCGAGAGCAUUCGGCAAAAGACAAAUUUGAACAGCUCUCAGGCGCUGGCCGUGAAGCAUUCGCUGACUGCAGAUUUCGGCGUAGCCUUGCUGCAAGGGCCGCCGGGAACGGGCAAGACUAAAACGCUUUUGAGCAUUCUGGCCGCCAUUUUUAUGGCGCGGUCCGGAGGCAGUGCUCCGGGCCAUGGUGGUGCGGAACAGUCCCGACCGACGUCUCGAGGAGGAGGAGGAGGCGAAGCCUCCUCCUCUUCUUCUUCCGGCGGUCGUGUCUUGGUGUGUGCUCCUUCCAAUGCUGCGGUAGACGAGAUUGCCGGAAGAGUAUUGGCGGUGGGUUUGCCGGGUCAGCACGGACACGUGUUCCAUCCGAAGUGUUUCCGUAUCGGGAACCCGAGUCGUAUAACACGGGAGGAGGUGAAGGAAAUAAGCCUAGAGCUGUUACUGUCCAAAGAGGACGGAGAGGUGAAGGACCGGCGACGUGCGGAAUGGUCGCAGAACUUGGACAAGAUAAAUCAAGAAAUUGAGAGACUGGAUAGCCUGAUCAAGGCGGUGCAAGCGCAGCAGUUGUCAGGACAGGUGAAGGCGGAGGAGCAGCAGGCAUUGCAGCAUAAGUACGGCGAAUUGCGUGGGCAACAGCGGAAUUUGUUUGCGAAGCGGAAGGAGUUGCGUGAGUCGCUGUCUGGCGACGUGAAAGGGGCGCAGCGUUCGAACCGUGAUGCCACGCUUAAGUCAGGUGACAUAUUCUUCAGCACCUUGUCUGGGUCGGCGGCGGACGUGUUGCAGGGCAUUAGCUUUGAAUACGUAGUGGUCGACGAGGCUGCGCAGGCGGUGGAGCUGAGUACGCUCAUUCCCCUGCGACAUGAGGUGGAGAAGCUUGUGCUCAUCGGCGACCCGCAGCAGUUGCCGGCCACGGUCUUGAGUGCGAGCGCGAAAAAAUUCAACUACGAACGCUCGCUCUUUCAACGGCUGCAGCUCUGCGGCGUAGACGUGGUCAUGCUGCAGACGCAGUACCGAAUGCGCCCGGAAAUCGCGGCGUUUCCGGCCGCGCACUUUUAUCGGGGUCGUUUGCUGAACGAUAAAAGUGUGUGCACACGAAUUCCGGGACCGCAUUCUCUGGAAUGCGCUUCGCUAUUCGCGCCGUUCAAGUUCUUCAACGUGCCCACCAGCGAGGCGCGGCAUAAUAUAAGCCAGAGUCUAAUGAAUACGGGCGAAGCGACGUUUAUUGCGCAGAUGCUUAUCAUGUUGCUCAAAUUAUACGGCGUCCGCGAGGGUCAGCAGCCGAACGGGCGACAGACGGUGACUGCGAAAGACAUUUCGGUGGUUACGCCUUAUCGGCAACAGGUAUUGGAAAUAAACCGCGUGUUGCAGUCGCAGUCUGCGUUCUUGCGGCAAUUCACUAGCCAGCCAAUCGAGGUCUGUACGAUUGACUCGUACCAGGGGCGCGAGCGCUCGAUCAUCUUCUUUAGUUGCGUUAGGAGUCUGGCGGGGCAGGCGACGGAGGCGGUGCCGUCGGCGUCGGACGACUUCGCAGAGUUUUUCGGCGGAGGCGGCGGCGCGAAGAAACGGAAGGUGGAGGGGCCGAGUAUCGGGUUCGUAGCGGACAUCCGGCGUCUGAACGUGGCUAUCACGCGUGCGCGGGACUGUCUAUGGAUUGUGGGCAACUCGGCGACGUUGAAGAACCACGAGACGUGGAGCGCGUUGAUAAAGCAUGCGUGUAAGGCGCAAUACACGGAGCCACGGGUACGCGUAGUGGAUGGGUACGAAAAACUUGACCGUUCCUGCUUCAUUGAUGUACCCACGGCCGUCAAGGCGCUGAAGGCGGAUGGCCGACUGCUACAGUCGGCCAUGCAGUACCAGCACCACUACCAAGCACUGAACCCCAAGGACGAGAUUGGCUUAUUCUUCAACCUCUGCGAACGACGUGUUGAACGGUAG